AACACAGGAUAUUUCAUGGACAUACACUCAUGAUGACGUCCACAAAAAUCAAAGAUAUGGCCGAAGAUGUCCGUGGAUUCUGAUAACUCCUGUGUUUUGCUGUCAUCGCGUGACUCCCGCACUUCCUGCAUCUUUCAAACCGCUGAUGAGAAAGAUGACAUCCCAGGAGUGGGAGAGGAAAGCGUCCUGGAGAUGCUGAGCUACUCCAAGUUCUCCGACCUGGAGACAUGGCUGUGCAUGCCGUCCUCACUGCUGCUUUCCAGGCCUCUGGACUCCAGCCACACCUCCUCGGCCUCUUCCUCCAACUCGUACUCCUCACGUGCGUCCCUCCACUCCGCCAACUCGCUCCCGGCUUCCUCCUCUUCGUCGCUGGCUUCAAACUCCCGCCGCUCCACCUGCAGUGAGCCGGGAGAGAUCGACAGGUCGUCAGAAAGAGACUCCGCCUUCCUCACGCCCACUCUGACGAAGGAGGCGACCUGUCUGUCCACACCCCUCCUCCCCGUCCUCUCCUCCACCCCUGCACCUCCUCCCGCUGCUGCCGCUUCACGGUCCAGCUAUGGCACUCACGCAGGAGACUCCGCCUCCCACAGCGGCGUCAGCAUCAGGAAGCGGCGGCGUCUCGCUGCCAGUCCUGGAGGACUCCACUGGACCUCUUCAGGCUCUGUUCAGCGGGACUUCUGGUCACCUGAUCCGUCCCCGGGGUCGAGGAGGAGUGGAGGAGGAGGAGCCGGUGCAGGUACCGGGCGCUGCUGA